AUGACUACCCGACAACAAAAGCAGUUUCUUAAUCUUUGGAUCAGGGUCACUAUCGCAAAGUUGUUGAUCUUGGGCAUUUUCUUUCUUCCAUGGUCACUUGCCCACUAUCACUCUCCGCUAGCAGACGCAGUACCUACUAUCGAUGUCGAUUCACUGUUCCGACACACAACAUCCAGGAACCAAAAGGUAAUCACGCAAGCUCUUGGAAUCGUAUCGUCCAUGCAGAAUGCACCCACAUGCACCCAGAUGGCCGCUUCGCACCUGAUGAACGAAUGCAAACUACUGGAGCAUGCGCCAGAGUUUACGAAAAGUCGACCGGAGGCAUAUCUUGAUAAAGUCAAAAUAGAAUACGCAGCCAAGCUAGCUGUUUGCGAACUACAAAGUGCUCAACCAAUCAAUCCAGUUGCGCCGCCACAUUGCGACAUACUUGUUCCAGCUGCUAAGUAUUGUGAUAAAGGCGGCAGCUGGUGGCAUGCUCAACCAGCAGUGGUAUCUGAAGGCAAACUGUGCUACCCUGAUUUCAAGGAAUACCAGUAUAUGCAAUGCCUCAAGAGCCUUCAAUCGAUGCCUCAGUACUGGACGUCUUUUAGCAAUGCCCGUCAGAAUGCAAUUGUCAUGUGUCAGGCAAGCAGAGACGCCAUUGAGCGAGAAAACCACUUGGAAGUUUUCAAAAACCUGACCAAGGUUGUCGGUGGUGUGACUGAACAUAUGCACAAAACAACAGCAAAAUACGAGUCUCUGAUCCGCGAACAGACACAGUACGCCGAGGAAGCACGAAACUCGCAUCAAGAGCUCAGAGAAGACAUCCAAGCGGUUCGGACGACAGCAGUUGCAACAGUAGAGGCGAUAGACGAGAAAUUCAAUGCCUUCAUGGAGUCUUCGAUCUCAACCCUCAUAACAGCGCUGGCCACCAGUCAGAGCAAAGAGAUUGAUCAGAUACAUGAGAGAAUGCAAGAGUUUUCGCAAAACUUGAUAUUGGAGAGCUCACAGCUUGCUAAGCAUUUCACCGAUCAACUGCAGCAAUACCACGAAGGUGCUCUGUCUAGUCUACAAUUCAAUCAUGAGGCACAGGUGCGCAGCUACGAGGUCCUAUCAAACCACAUGGGUGUCACCCAAGACACCAUCAACAAGACAAAUCAAGCCGCCGACCGCUCUCUCUCCAAAGUCGACAACAUUGCCCAGCGACUUGAUAUCUUUGAGUCGCAAACUAAACACAUUGCUGAGGGCUUUGCAUUCCUCAGCGCCAUGCCAACGCUUGUCAAAUCGCUUAUACACAGAUUAGUAGCUACAACUGGCAUCAUCUUCACUUUCUUUGUCCUCUUCAAGCUUAAUGUAAGACUCGCUAUAUACACUGUCGGCGCAUGCAGUUGGGCUUUCCUCUUCUACACAAGCGGCACCUUGCAUUGGCUUGCAUCACCAUCGUCACAUACGCACGAUACCGAAGCCUUCAAUCCGCUCGCUAUCCUCAACAACAUGUCACCGUGGCAAAAGGUUACGGGUAUGCUACUUCUAUUGUGGCUCAGCGCAUAUCCCAUUUGCCGGCUCAAUAUUUACCUUGGCGGCUUUGUUACCAUGGCGCUCCGACGGCUUGCAGGACUAAUCUGGUUGGACGAGUAUAGCAAUGAUGGCGGAACUGGGUAUCUGCCCAGUAUCGAGAUCCCUGCGCCAGUAGCAGAUGUUCGGCGCAAGGACGACUUUCCAGGCAUACGGCAGCUGAACUGGCAGGAUUAG